AUGGACAGCCACCUGGAGAGCACCAUCAUGAACGUCAACUGCACGUUCGGAAUCGGAUGCAACUGUCUGCUGCUCUAUUUCCUCAUCAGCGAUGGCAGGAAAGGCGAGGACAACUACAAAAAGAUGCUGGCCAUCAUCCUGCUCUACAACGUGUACACCAGCGCCGUCCAUAUGGUCCUCGACAUGGUCUAUAUGGACGCAUUCACCGUCACUCUGACUCUCCUCGCCACUCAUUGCGUCUACCGCUACGCCACCAUUUCCGGCCAUUUGGCUUGGCUGUUCAAUACGAAACUCGGCCUCUCCGCUCUCGCCUUCUUCAACCUCAUCUUCGGGCUGCUGUGGUGCCUCUUUUCGCAUAUCUUCCUCUGCCCAACGGCAGGCCGAACGGCCAUGGGUCGCCGGGCGAUGGCCGAGCAAUUCGGGAUCGAGAUCGAGCAGAUCGGGUACAUUGGCGCCAUGUUUCUGACGCCUGACGAUGCGGGGCCGGGGAAGGUGCGAAUCCAGUGGUUUAACAUGGCCGGCGCCGGGCUGGUCAUCACCAUCUUGAUAACCGUGUACACGGCAAUAUGCUUUGGGGCGUUGAAGUUG